GUGCUCCGUCAUGGCCCAAUGCUGUUGGAGAAACUUGGGCAUUGUCUCGCUAUGCGUUUUGCGCACGCCGACCCUUCUGGAAGACGUGACCGGCUGCCCCACCUUCUUUCCGAAAGGCUCAGUCAACAGGGAGCCCUCAAUUUGGUUCUUGUUUCUGGUUGCUGGUCUGAAGCUUCAAGGCCAUCUGGUUUUGAGAUCCGUGGACCACACGUGGCAGGUAUGCCUGAGGCUGUCCUUCGAUGUAGAACGGGUGGUGCGACUCGAUUUGACGGUAGACCAUGACCGGAUCACCAUACAAACCUGUUCUGUGCACUAGAGACGGGUUCGUUCGAGCU